CUUAUUUACGUUUUAUGUUUAUGGUAACGGCAAAUUAUGUGUGAAAACUCUUAACUGGCUGUGCGAAUUAUAUAGUUCCAUAUAAUAGUACUACGGAGAAUUCUUACAUAUAUCGAACAUCCAAAGCCAGUUUUGUUAAAAAUGUCAACUGAAAACAUAAAUGAUCAGGAACAAAAUUCUGUUUACUCAGCGUCCGUCACCAAAGAUUCAGUUGAAAAUAUCAAGAAUAUCGAAGAUAAGACAAUAGACUUUACUCAAAAACUUAUUACAGAUUUAAAAGAAUUACAUUAUCUUUUAAAUACUUCAGCUGACAAAAUUUAUAAUAUUAUAGAAUCUGUCAAAAGAUUAGAAGGACAUCUAGAUCAACAUUAUUAUGAAAUAAACCAUUUAGAAAAUCCAAAAUUGGGUGACAUUAUAAUUCUUGCUGAAUCUUUUAUCCGCAUAUAUCAUUUAAAACUUCCAAAAUACAUAACAGACCCAGAAUGUAUGCGUACAGGCGAAUUUUUUCUUAUGCGAAGUAUGACAUUAUUAAAGAACAAAGAAUUGGAUUGCAAAGCUAUUCUUGGAGCAAUAGAGACUCUUAAUGAAUUGAGCUACAUUUAUAUAGAACUAGAGAAUCCAAUGAGAUCUUUACAAUACUCAAAAAAAGCAUUUGAGAUAUAUCACACAUACACGAAAGGGCAGGAUGAUUUUCCUGCUCCUGUCAAUAUUAUAACUGUUAUAGAUAUCAAAACGAAUUUAAAUCCUAUAUAUUUAUUAAAUAAAAAAUAUAUGGGUACUUUAAAGUCUUUAUUUAUAUUAAGAAACAAAAUCAAACCUGAACUGAUAGAUAUGGAUCAAAUUGCCACAUAUAUGUGUGAGUUACUACAAAAGCAAUUAAAAUAUAUACCAGCAUUAAUCGAUAAUGUAUCAUGGGCCACAGAAGCAAUAAAAUUAGCUGAAUACUUUUUGUCACGUAAUCGUUUUAACAAAUGUAAAAUGUAUCUUAAUAUUGCGUGCAUUAUGAUACGAGCAUAUUUUUCUUUAUAUUUCUCCGUAUUAAUACAAACGAUGUCAGUUGGAGAGCAGAAAUUAAUCUAUAUGAACCUUAAAAGCACCAUUUUUUCUAUUCUCAUGUAUUGGGUGCGAUAUGGACUUGUGCUUUUAUAUACGUCGAGGGAACGAUUUAUAGAAGCGAAAAGAGAAGACAAUCUUUGUGAGACAAAUAAUUCUAUAUCAAAAUCUGCAACAAUGUCUGUUAAACAAUUGACAGAAUCACUAAUGUCUCCGAAUAUAGACUGUAAGAAUAAAAUUGAAGAGAUUAUUUAUAUAGACGAAGAUAAUUACAUUACAAACUAUAAUGAUGCUAAAAGAAUUUUUGUUCGUAUUCUCGAAUUGCUUAAUUACUUAAAGGCAGAUAAAUCGAUUUCGGGUGAGGCAACAGUUCGUGUAGAAAUUGCACAAUGUGUUUCCAGAGCAUACAAAUAUUUAGCAUUUUAUGAAUUUGACAAAAUAAAGCAGAUGAAACUACAAAAACGGCGGAUAGAAGUUUUAGAGAAUUGUUUGAAAACAUUACAGGCAGAUGAUAAUGUUAUUCGUAGUUUUGUAUGCUUUGAAAUAGGAGUCGUUAAUUCCAUCGUGUUAAAUAUAAUAAUCGAAAAUUUAAGAAAUUUGAAUGAAGAUUUAAAUGCAAAAGAAUUAUUAGAGAUUGAACAAUUAGUAAAAAAAAGUGUGAUGUAUUUUCAACUGUAUACUGAUAAUCAUAAAGCUGAAAUUUCGGAUUGA